AUUUCAUGUAUGGCAGCCUUUACAGUGCUUAUCGAGAUGGUGCGCGCUCGGCAAGAUCGAAUUUGCUAUACGUGCGACCGCGAACGCAGUGUUUCCUCAUAGUAGCAUUUCCGUCGACGUCCCGUUCAUUGUACAGUUAUCGUAUUGCCGGAGUAUUAUUUAAACAGCACCGAGGUAGUCGCUGUAGUCAGUGCAGUCGUAAAGUCGUCGUUCGCUCCGCUCAUCGCGGCUCGUGGUCGGUCCGUUCAGUCGUGGUCAGUCGGACGGUACGAACGGAACGGAAGGGAAGGGAGCGUCCGGCUCGUGGUGUAUAUUAAUUUGUGCCGUUCUCGAUGCUUCUCGAUGCUUUCGCAGAAAUCUGAUGACGAAUACAUUAUUUAUCAUAACAGAGGGAUCUGCAGUAAACUAUUCUAUUCUGAGCAAUGAGUCCGCAAAGUCAUAAGAACAAUCUAACUCCAAAGGACAUGCAGUCUAACGGAUAUUCUGCUGCCAAUACCAUGGCCAAAGAAGCAAGGAAUCAUUCAUCUCCUUGUGAGUCAGUGGAUUCAAUGCCUUGGUUUGGAAUGGACAUAGGUGGUACAUUAUGCAAAUUAGUGUACUUUGAGCCAAAGGAUAUAACGAGAGAUGAAGCAGAUGCAGAAGUUGAGAUAUUGAAAAAUAUUCGUCGAUAUCUCACUAAAAAUUCGGCAUAUGGAAAAACUGGCCAUCGUGAUACGCAUUUACAAAUGGAUAACAUCUGUAUUAGAGGCAGACGAGGAACCUUACAUUUUAUUAGAUUUCCCACAAGUGAAAUGGGAAAUUUUUUAGCAUUAGCAAAAUCAAAAGGUAUGGCAAAUCUUGUGACUACUGUUUGUGCCACUGGGGGUGGUGCUUUUAAAUUCGAAGAUAAUUUUAAAAAGGAAGUAAAUAUGAAUUUGGCAAAAUUUGAUGAAUUAGAUAGUUUAAUACGCGGGAUGCUCUACAUAGAGACCACGAAUCCACAUGAAUGCUAUUAUUGGUCGAAUCCUACCGAUGACAGCAAAUGCCAAAAAGUACCCUAUGAUUUUUCUGAACCAUAUCCUUUCUUGCUCGUUAAUAUAGGCUCCGGAGUAAGCAUAUUAGCUGUAUAUGGACAAGAAAAUUUUAAAAGAAUAUCUGGAACAAGCUUAGGUGGUGGUACAUUCUUGGGAUUAUGCUGUCUUCUUACUGGAUGUAACACUUUUGAAGAAGCAAUAGAACUAGCAACAGGCGGCGAUAAUACAAGAGUGGAUAAAUUGGUUAAAGAUAUAUACGGCGGUGAUUAUGGUCCUUUCGGUCUUCCUGGAGAUUUAGUUGCGAGCAGUUUUGGACAAAUGAAUUCCAAAGAUCGUAGAAAUACUGUCACAAAGGAAGAUCUGGCGCGUGCAACUCUUGUUACUAUCACAAAUAAUAUUGGUUCUAUCGCGCGUAUGUGUGCUGUUAAUGAAAAAAUUGAAAGGGUUGUAUUUGUAGGAAAUUUUCUCAGAGUAAAUCCCAUAUCAAUGAAAUUGUUGGCCUAUGCUAUGGAUUAUUGGUCUAAAGGAACUUUGAAAGCCCUGUUUUUGGAACAUGAAGGUUAUUUCGGAGCGGUGGGAUGUCUAUUACAAUUUAAUGGCGAAUCGAGCUAAACAAUGGAGAAAUAGUUAUAUAACAUAUAGCAUUCCAUAUGACCAACUUCGCAGAACAUUUCUCGAGUGAGCAAGAUUAUUCGACAUAAUUAUAUUUAUUUUUGUUACAUUUUUUUUUCAAUUAAUCAUGAAUCUACAAUUUAUUGUGUAAUCAUUUAUAUUAAUAUAGAAAGCCUUAAUAUUUAUGCAGUAAGAUUAAGGGAAUAUUUGUCAAGUGUCGUUGUAUAAUUUAUCACUAUUUUAAUGUAGGAAAAAAUAAUUGUCAAAAUAUUUCUAAUUUUGGUCGGAGGGUUAUUUUGCUAUAAUUGUUUAAUUAUGAGCACAAAUCUAACACAACUCGGCAAAUAGAAUCUAUAAUGGACCAAAUCCAAAAGGAUAAAGGAUAGUCUCUCCUUCCGAUGUUUUAUUACAUGCCGCAUAGACUAGUUCUACCUCAUAAUUUAUAUUGUAAAGUUUUUCUACAAAUGUGCACACAGAUUUUUAUGUAUAUAGGUAAUAUGGCAAUCAUUAUUACACUUACAUAUCUUUUCUCUUUGUAAGUUUAUAAUCGAAUAAAACUAUUAUGUAGCGGUAAAUACUUUCGCACUGAUUGUUAAUAUUAGUAAUUUUGUUGUUAAUGCAUUGUAUGUUACA